GUCAGCCUCUGUCACGCAUGUGGCACUUGACACUCAAAGCUCGUCCAGCUCGUGCAAGCCUGCCCGUCCUAGUCCAGUAAGCGCACAUCGGGCUGAACUCGAUCAUCUAUAGCUGCACCUGUGCUCAUCCCGAUUGAUUGCACUGCGCCCACCACCCUCAGCCCUUCCAUGCAAGAGGGUACCCAAGCAGCGUAACCUCGUUUUCGUAAACCAUGGCAAAAAGCAAAACAAACACCACUGUUACACCCUCCCCCUCCACACGUGCGAAUAUCCCAACUCGCGCAGCCCAACAUCCCUCUGGCCGCGGCGCUCGGGGGGAGGGAACAUCAGCUGAACUGUACAUCGAACCACCGAGGCCGAGCGGCGCCGCAGUCCGGCCAGACCUCAUUGGCCGCCCUAAAGCCAAAUCUAUAUCGACCUGCCAUCUUGCAUCUCCCGUGCAUUGGCGGCCAGGGCGGCGCGGGGCAUGCCACGACGCAGCGUAGCAGCAAUGGCUGCCCGCCCUGCCCGCCAGGCCCGCCACCUCGGCCGAUGGGUGCUUGCCACAUGGGCAGAUGGGCAGCCGGCGAGGGAAGAGGGGUCGGACAAGAUAACCUACGUAGUCUGUCCCACCGCAUGCACAUGGCCCUACCUGCAAUGUUAUACUUAGAAAUACAUCACAUACCGUCGCCGCGCGGGCGCUAGACGGACUUCCCCCACUGAGAAAAAGGCGAACGGCUAGUGUCAUUGCGCUGAGAAAAGGGAGAAAUCCUCCAGGGCUGACAGAGCCCGCUUCACAUACCGCCUCUAUCUGCAAAGCUACGAGUUUUCUGGUCCUGGCUCGAUACCGCGGCGAUGGGAUCUACGGCAAAUGCUCUGCGGGUGCUGGUGGCAGGAGGGGGGAUUGGCGGGCUUACGGCUGCUGUUGCCCUCCGCCGACAAGGGCAUGAUGUGGAGGUGUUUGAAAAGUCCCGGCUACACCGGGGCCAGGUAGGGGCCGCUGUCUACAUCGCGCCGAACUGCACGGUUGCACUGUCGCAUAUAGAUGUACACAGUCAGGAUUAUAAAGGGACCGAAUACCGAGGGUUCAAAUUUGUGAACAGCGACUGUGAAGUGGAGCAGAAUUGGACCUACACCGAUGAGCAACGAGCAAAUUGGCCAGCCGGCUGGUGGCUGGUCAACCGGCCAGACCUCCACGAGGCCUUGAAGGCGAAAGCAACCUCGACCGAGGGGCCAGGAGCCCCGGUGAGGAUCCACACGGGCACAGGCGUCGAGGGCGUGGACUGCGAAGCAGGCACCAUCCUGCUCUCCGAUGGCACCCGCGUGGGCGGCGACCUGAUCGUCUGCGCAGACGGAAUCCACAGCAAAACACGAGCGUCCGUCGCGGGCGGCGAGGUCCCCAUGAUCGUCAGCGGGCACGCCUGCUAUAGAUGGCUAACACCGGUCUCUGUGCUCGAGAACGACCCCAUCACAAGGACCUUUGUGGACAACCCAGGUCAUUUUGUGCAGAUCUCCGGUUCGGAUCGGAGGAUUGUGCUUUAUCCUUGUUCAGAAGGGCGGCUGGUCAACUGUGUCGCCUUUGCGCCGAGGGACGAGGUUGGCGAGAUCAAGAAGGACGUGACCGGGUAUGACCAGCGCGCGAACAAGAAGCAACUCAUAGACCACUUCAAGUCUUGGUCCGAGCCAGUGCUGCGCCUCCUGGACACGGCUCCGGACGACGGGGUGAUGCUAUGGGAUCUGCUUGACAUGGAAUUGUUGCCCAACCUCAUCAAGGGCAAGGCAAACCUGAUCGGUGACGCAGCGCACCCUUUCCUGCCCCACAUGGGCCAAGGUGCAGCCCAGGCUGUUGAGGACGCUUGCGCCCUCGGGGCGAUAUUGCCCCUUGGGACCACGCCCGAGAAGAUUCCCUCGCGACUGGGGCUGUGGCAGCAGUGCAGGAGGGACAGGGCGGCCAGGAUUGUGAUGCACACGAGGCGCAGGUCGCGAAAGGCGGACGGGAGCCAGGGGCCACCUCAGACCAGUGAGUAUUCACCCGCAAGACCCUACACACGUGUGCCGUGCGUCUGGACACGUGUACUGAGACUUCAACCCGUUUCUCAGUGGACGAGUUCAACGCUGCCAUGUCUUAUUGCAUCCAUCACGAUGCUUGGACGCACGCCGAGGAGCAACUGAAGGAAUGGAGCGAGGCCAAGGCCCUGGCAACUGCCGCAUCGUAAUCGCGUAAAAGCUGGUAAUGGCGAGUUUCAAAAGACUUGGUUAGAGGGCUGUGUAUUGGGGAGGAGUAUCAGAAUAUGUUCUGCUUGAAGUUGCAUCUCAAAUUGUUUCGACGAUGUCCAAGCUUUGCUUUAUGUUCCGUGGUUCUCACAAAAGUCGACGACAAGCAACCUGAACAAGGGUAUAACCCUCACAGUUCUGUACCCCGCCACCUGCGAGACCGGGACUUGGCUCACCCCGCGAUGACAGCUUUGAAUUGG